AGUUAUUUUUAUUGGACACUGCGGGAAAAUCAAAACAAGAAUUACAAAAGAUUAACAAUUAUGCUUGCCGAAAAGGCUCUUGAAUUAAUACGAGAGCUACAAAGAACAACUGAUGGAACAUUACCACCUUUCAAUGAGGACCGAGUUAGGCAAGUGUUGGAGGAAAUGAGGGCUUUGUUUGAUCAAAACCAGAAAGAUGUGAGUGCUACUGUUGCUGGUGAAAGUGGACUAUUUUCUGGUGUUCAGCUAAGGCAUGCUGCUUUGGAAAGAAAUAAAAGAUGUUUACUGGCAUACUUGUAUAACAGAAUUUUAAAAAUUCGUAACAUGAGAUGGGAGUUUGGAAGUGUGUUACCACAAGAUGUUAAAUAUAACCUCUCGGAACAGGAAAUACAGUGGUUUAGUAAAUAUAACAAAUGUUUAGCUAAUUACAUGAGGUCUAUAGGAGGUGCAGGUGGCCUUGACCUUACACAAGACAUGAAACCACCAAAGACAUUAUAUGUUGAGGUUCGCUGUAUGGUAGACCAUGGUGAAUUUGAAACACAAGAUGGAAAUAUCAUUGUUUUAAAGAAAAAUAGUCAGCAUUUUCUGCUGCGAUCAGAGUGUGAGCAUUUGAUUCGACAAGGAAUACUCGAGCAUAUGGUCCAUUGAUACACAUUUUGUUUGUUGUCAUUUAUAUAUAUAUUCUUGUUAUGUUUUCUAAAAUACAUUUAAUGAGCA